AUGCCGCUCCGACGCAUGAAUUCUGGUGUCCUGUUGGCCAUCACGGGAUCCCACUCUCUUCUCUGGGGUGGGACUGCCCCCGGGCCGCUAAAAGCCUCGGCCUCCCAACAGUCUCCUAGGUGUGGCAAGUUUCUUCGGCUGCGAAAACGGCUGCGCAGCGCAUCUCCUGCUUCUGGUGUUGGAUCUGUGGUGAAGUGCUUUUUCAGAAAUAAGAGAAUGGACCCGACGCGGGGGUCACUAUCCCGAAUCAGUGACAAUUUCAAGUGA